CAGUCAUCGCUCGCACCGCGUUCCGUGGAACUGUUCUCGCUCCGCGUUCUUUCCACGCUCGUUUCGCUCGUUGGCUCGCGCUGCCUCGCAGUUGUCGACGAAUGUGCGCGAUUCCCACACGCUUCGCGCUUCUUCCUCGUCCUCUCCCUCCUGCCGUUUCGCCUUUCCCACCGCGACGUGGUCGCGCGCGUUACACGAUCGUCGAUUCCGUCGUCGCGACGAUCGGUGCGCGCCAGUGAAACGAAUCGGUGUGCGGGUUUCCUUACCUCGAGCCACAGGGACAGCGAGAGAGAGAGAGAGAGAGAGAGAGCGCGUUUCGCGCGAUUUCUCGAAAUGACCGCGAACGUCGACCAGGUACUCGCACGCGACGAUUCUCGUCGACGCUAGUCGCCGCCGCCGCCGCCGCCGCCGCCGCCGUCGGUCACCGUUUCUUCGUGGCAUAGAUCGUGCGAGUCGCUGGCUAUCGCGGUGCCGUCGUUCGUCGACUCGAUGAUCCUGGUCGCGUGGAACGCAUCGUUCUCCUCGGUGCAAUUGCCAACGCGAUUCGAGUUUCGCUCCGUCGACGACGGAGUUUGCCGGUAGUGGAAUCCAGCGGACGAUCGUCGAUUGACAGGCGGCCAACGACGACGAUAAGAAGAAGCGGAAACGGAAGCGGAAACGGUGGACACGUGGAAACGUUUCAUCGACGUCCGAUUCGACCUUGCCCCGGCGCUCUAGGAUGUCUAGUUUGGACGGCUGAUUACGAAUGCCGUGGUGUUAGCUCUCGGGGAGGAUGUUCCACGGGGGCGGAAGCAGCGGUUACGGCGCGAGUUCCGACUACCAACAACAGUCUCAACAACAGCAACAACAGCAACAGCAACACGGCCAGCAGCUUCAGGCGCCCGUCUACGUACCAUCUUCGAGGCCGACGAUCCCGUCGGCUGCGACAGCCGCGGCAGCCGCUGCGGCGGCCGCUCAAUAUCACUCGUUCCCCGGUUCUGGCUCGCCCGCUUGGGAGAAGACCGCGGCCUCGUGGCAGCAUGGCGUGGAGACGUACGCCGCGCACCACGCGCUCGCCGGCCACGCGAGCGGAUCCGCGGCCGCGGCUGCGGCUGCCGCCGCCGCCAUGGGUCCGCAUUCCGGCCACGCGCACCCUCAUCCGCAUCCGCACGCGGCCCAUCCGCACACCGGACACCCUCACUCGAGCCUCGCCGCGGCCGCCCCCUUUUACGCCCAAAACGUCGCCAUGAUGUCCUCCUGGCGAGCCUACGACGGAGCUGGAUUUCAACGGGCCUCUCCUUACGACACCGCGAUGGAUUUUCAAUUCGGCGAGGGUCGCGAGUGCGUUAAUUGCGGAGCUAUAUCGACGCCGCUUUGGAGGAGGGACGGCACCGGGCAUUAUCUGUGCAACGCGUGCGGACUCUAUCACAAGAUGAACGGAAUGAACAGACCGCUGAUAAAGCCGUCCAAACGGCUGACAGCCACCAGGCGUUUGGGUUUGUGCUGCACGAAUUGCGGUACCCGCACUACCACUCUCUGGAGGCGCAACAACGAAGGCGAACCUGUUUGCAACGCUUGCGGUCUCUACUUCAAGCUGCACGGCGUCAACAGACCUCUCGCGAUGCGCAAAGACGGUAUUCAGACGCGAAAACGAAAACCGAAGAAAACGCCCGAGUCGAACGCCAGAUCGUCCACGGUGGAUCACGAAACAAACGCCGUCUCGGCCGCUUCUUCUCCGUCCACGGAAUUGAAGGGUAGUCAACAGCAGCAACAGCAGCAACAGCAGCAGCAGCAGCAGCAACAGCAACAACAGCAACAACAGCAGCAACAUCAAAUCGAGGUGUCCAAAUCGACCGCCGGUGGCGCGUCCAGUUCGUCGGACAGACCGGUCUAUCUCGGGCAUACGUCUCUAUUGACGACCGGAAGCGUAGCUACCGUAAAAACCGAACCGCGAAGUUGCGACGGCAUUGUCGGUCAGCCGUAUUCCUCGUAUUACCAGCAUCCUCAUCAACUGGGGGUGGCGACCAGCGAGCAUCAACAGCAAACGUACUACGGGAGCCAGGAAGCUCCCUAUCAUCAUCAACAUCACGUUACCGCGGCUGCCAAGUUGUUAGCCUCCACGUAAUUUGAUCUCAACGUCGAAGAAUCGACGGGACGAUGUCCGCGAUGUCCGCGAUGUGCGCCAAUCGCCGACGCGAAACGGACGACGAGCGCGUUCGUUCGUCGUCGUCGUCGUGCGUUGCUCGUUUCGUCGCAUUUCGUUUUUCGUUUCUCGCUCGUCCGUCGUCGUUCGUCGUUGUCGCGUUGCCGCGUACGUUACGCGCAAUAUACCGUACGCGACCGAUAAGCGAACCGGCCGAAUGGAUAAGCGAGGUUUAUGCUUUCGUCGAUCGUUCGUCGACGAUUCGCCGCCGUAUAUUUAGUUUUCUCGUCGUCUUCGUCCCUCGAAAAGAGAAAAAGGAAACGUCGUGGCGACCACACACUAGGUGCUAUCGACCGACUUUCAUCGAUUUCGGCGUCGUGACACGGUCGUUCUGACACGUUUGACGCUUACGUUCGUCGAACGGUAUACAUGUAUUCGCCAACGAAAGGUACUCGAUUGUAAAUAAAAAUCGCGAGUCGAUUCGUAAUCGACGUAGAUUUCUACGGUAGACUAGUUUUAGAGGCGUGUCGACGAUUUGAUCGACCGAUAGAUCGCGCAUGGAACGCGGCGAAUCCAAGGCGCGCGAACGACCUAUCCGCUUCGAAGAAAUGUCAGCUUUUUUGUACAGUUCCUGUAUGAUUAGUUUUCCGACGCGCAAUAAAGAGAAUAGCUUUCGA